AUGGAUUCAUCUUCUGAAGAGGAUAUUUUACUUACUGCGACUGCCGUUUGUUGCCAUUUAAUAACUUCAAAACCCAAAAAGAAAUGGACGAAAGAAUGGUUAAAAAAGAGAUAUCAAUUAUCUCAUAUUAAUUUAUUAAAUGAGUUAUCACUGGAACCAAGUGACUGGCGUAACUAUUUAAGAAUGGACGAAUACACAUAUUUCAAGCUACUUGAACUUGUGACUCCAUAUAUUGUGAAACAAGAUACAAAAAUGAGACAAGCUGUUAGCCCCAAUGAAAGGCUGACUGCCACUCUUCGUUUUUUAGCAUCGGGAAUGAGCUAUGAAGAAUUGAAAUUUCAAACUGUAAUAUCGCCACAACUUCUAGGAGUUAUAAUUCCGGAAACAUGUAAAGCAAUACUCAUGGUAUUGAAAGAUUAUAUGAAGAUGCCAGAAACAGAGGCCGAGUGGCGAACAAUUGCGAAAGGAUUCGAAGAAAGAUGGCAAUUUCCUAACUGUCUGGGCGCUAUCGACGGCAAACACGUCCGGAUUGUGCCACCGCCUGGAUCGAUUGCCACUUACUACAACUACAAAAAAUUUUUUAGCAUUGUUUUAAUGGCUUGUGCCAAUGCAAAUUACGAAAUUAUAUGGUGCGAAGCCGGUGUAAAUGGCAGAAGAUCUGAUGGUGGUGCUAUUACUGAAACGCGUUUUUAUAAGAAGUUAAAUAAUCACGAUUUAAAUAUUCCCAAUAAAAAGGAGCCCCAAAACAGUACCAAAGAUUUGCCUUUUGUAUUUGUGGCCGACGAAGCAUUUAAAUUAACACCCGACCUUAUGAAGCCUUUUGGUAAAAAUGCUCUAACUCCAGAGAGAAGAGUAUAUAAUUAUAGAUUAUCACGAGCAAGAAGAGUAAUUGAAAAUGUUUUUGGAAUAAUGACUCGUCGUUUUCGAAUUUUUAAUACGGCCAUUAAUUUGAGUAUACAACGAAUCGAUCUUGUUGUCCUAACGUGUUGUAUUCUCCAUAAUUUUUUGAGGAGGUCGGGAUCUAAUUAUUCAGACUAUGAAUUAUCUGAUAUUGACGACAGUACGAGUACUGUGGAAGACAAUAUACCAGUACAAGGUAUCAUUCCAUUAAAUGUAAUUAAUGGCAAUGUUAGCAAUGAUGCAAAAUUUGUAAGAGAAGAAUAUGUACAACAUUUUAAUGGUGAAGGUGCUGUUAGUUGGCAAAAUGAGAGAGCAUUCAUUUAG